CAAGUCUGGUCAAUUGCCUCCUGUUGCGUAUCCAAGAAAACAUGGUCAUAGAUUGUUCGUACCUUGAGACAAUAACAUUAACCACAGCCUAAGUGUAAAACGUCACUGGAGUGUCGGCACAUUAUCGACGGUCAAUCGAAAUACAUAAAUGCACCAUUAACGAAGGAAAAAAAUAGAAACAAGCAAAACAGUUUUACGUGUUUAAACCAAAUGUCAUAAACUUGAAAAUCCAAUUAGACAGGUGUGCUUGUAAAUUGAUUUCUAGCGUUUUAAUUGAAAAGCGACCAAUAAGUUCUCAAGCCCAAACAAUCGCACGGUGUGAUGUCUAAUGUCUAUGAACUCGUUAUCAGUAUUCAGCUGCAGAAGAGCAGUAAACUGUUAUCAGUAAUCCUCUUCCCGUAAAUAUUUUGUCAUGCCCUUUACGACGGCGUCACUUGCUCAACAACAACUACUAUCGUCCACGACAAUCAAGUUCUUCUGUUUUUCAUUUUCCUUAUUUCUUUAGUAAGAACUCAAAUCACUCCCAAAAUCAUUGGGUACGCAAUAAAACACCCUAUGUCGGCACGGAACUGAUUUUUUGGAGAGCGACAAAAUCCACAAUAGUCGACGUAAACGCGCGUCACGCGACGGUACAAGUGGUCGAUCUCCAUGAUAUUCAUUUUUUCCCUGCUUUUCUUUGUCUAUUUUUUAUGGUCUUCAGAUCACGUAACUUGCCAUACUCGAUACAGAUAAGCAACGGCGGCGGAGAUAACGUGAACACUCAGCGGGCGGCGACGCAUCUACAUCAAUAUACAACAACGACAACAACUUUGAUUUAAUAAUUGUUUACCCAUAGACCAUAAUAUAAUAAUUUAUGGUAUUAUCGAUCUUUUAAUGGCGACGUCGAUCAUAUUUUCGUUAUAGUUAUUACGAGUUGUGUGUCCGUUGUCGUAGCCGUGUGCGUCCUCGUCAAAAAUAAUAACAUUUCGAAUAAUAAUAUUGUGUGUUGUCCUUGCGCGCAAUUGCGUCACACAUAUCGUUUUCCCAUUUCUGUUAGCUAACAGUAUCGUGUCCGGUGUCCCACACAAUAAUUGUUGUCGUCUGGCUUCCCACCCCAGCAACUGACGUAAAGAAACCCCAAAAACAAAAGUGAUAGGUAUACAGGCACCAAACGCACGAUAGACGACAAGUGUCAAUUACUGCCCGUGCACAUUACCGAGUGGUACCACACACCUGCCCAGUGUGUUUUUGACACUUAAGAUUUGUCAAAAAAUGAACAUCGUUGUCUGAAAACUAAAUACGCAGCAGUUCAUAAUAUAAUUGAUAAGAAAUGCCGCUCUUCUACAGUGUAGUAGCCAGGGGUAUGGUUGUACUAGCCAAGCAUGCCAACUAUCAAGGAAAUUUUGGAGAAAUUCUAGAAGGAGUCUUAAUCCAAAUUGGACCAGAAAACAAGAAACAAAGCUUACUACAUGACCGUUACUUAUAUCACUACAUUUGUGAAGAUCAAAUAGUUUAUAUGUGUAUCACAGACGAUGAAUUCCAAAGAUCUAAAGCAUUUUUUUUCUUAAAUGAAAUAAAACGAAGAUUUCAAGCUACAUAUGGUCAUCGAGCAUCCAAUGCUAUUGCAUAUUCCAUGAAUUCUGAGUUUGCACCAAUACUUGCUUCUGAAAUGAAACGAUUUUCUAGUCCUAAUGAAUUUGAUACAUUAUCAAAAGUGCAUGGAGAACUAGAUGAAUUAAAGGACAUAAUGGUUCGAAAUAUUGACAAUGUAGCUCUUCGUGGUGAAAAACUUGAACUAUUGGUUAAUAAAACUGAAAACUUGUGUUCACAAUCUAUGAAUUUCAGAGUUCAAAGUCGUACUCUGCGUCGUUCAUUAUUCUGGAAAAAUGUCAAAAUAUAUGUUUUGUUUAUAGCUAUAGGACUUGCUGUUAUUUAUUUCAUGACUGCUUUCUUCUGUGGAUCACUUGCUCUCAAUUGUAGUUAAUUUUUAUGAAAUUAUAAUAUUUAUUUUAUGUAUACUUAUGCCCAUACAACGUCUCAAAUUUUA